CCUUGAACGUGAAUAUCAUGCGGAGAGUGAUUUCUUAACUCUUCAUCCAACCAGGCAAGUACCAAUCCGGGGUACUUAGGUAGUGCUACCAUAAGAAUGUCUCCAAGAUAGUGCCGGUGUGGAGGGGGCGGCAUGCAUUGAGGUUGUACACCAUCGGAUACCGCGCCCCCUGCGAAUAUUAGAGGUGGUCUACAAUAAAUAAGAGAUUACGAGAGAUUCGAUUUCGUACUCAUCAACGUGCAUUUUCCUAGCGAUUUGAUUCUAAGGACCACUCAGAAUAAUGACCUCCCCUUCAGAAUCGUCUUGUCCUCAAGCUAAUUGCCUCAUCGAGGCAGGGCUCCGAGAGCAAAUCUUAUUACCAUCCGACCCAGGCUACAGGGUUCGUGAAGCAACCUAUUGGUCGAGGUCUGCGAGCUUGAGCCCAGCUUGUGUAGUUCGACCUCGCUUUGCUACGAAAGUGCCCGCUGCUCUAAAGGCUCUAAUCAACGCAGGACAGAGCUUCGCUGUGCGCAGUGGUGGCCAUGCCCCUUCUACUGGUGUUAGUAGCAUCAAGGAUGGGGUAACCAUUGACCUGAGCCUCAUCAAUCACAUUGUAUAUGAUGCCCAUUCUCAAACAGUGAGGCUUGGCCCUAGUCAGAAAUGGAAAGAAUUAUACAAACUUCAAAAGUUUGACAGAACGGUAGCAGGGUCGAGAGAUGGAAAUGUUGGCGUCGCUGGUUUCCUACUUGGCGGAGGAUACUCAUGGAUAACGACUCGGACAGGUUGGGGUUGUGACAACGUAGUCUCAUACGAAGUUGUCCUGGCUGAUGGUCGGAUCACCACUGUGUCGGCUAAAGAAGACCAGCAUCCCGACCUGUUCCUGGCUCUGAAAGGUGGCGGUAAUAAUUUUGGGAUUAUAACCAGUUUUACCAUGAAUACGGUACACUGCAAUCGUGUCUGGGGAGGGAAAGCAAUUGCCCCUAAGGCCACGAUCCCGAACGUCAUCCGUAUAGCUUCGGGAUUCUCAGAGACAGUGACGAAGUAUCCGGACAGUAAUAUGGUUAUUGUCAUCACCUACGUCCCCGAGCAAGAUGACAUACUUGCUUCAGCGGCUAUAGUUCAAACUCAAGGGAUUGCGGACGACCCAGGCCUGAGCGAAUUCAUGGAUCUUCCAAUGAUGUUGAAUACAACGAAAUUGACCACUAUUUACGAUACGACCUUUGAAUUCCUGCUGCCUCCGGGCUACCACAACGUCUGGUUUACGGCGAGCUUCAAGAACGAUGAGCGUAUAAUUGCCAAAGCCGUAGAUGCCCACGAAAAUCUCGUAGAAACACUUAAGUUGCAUGUUCCCGAACAGGAUUUCAGGACACAGUGCAUAUUCCAGCCAAUACCAAAACUAAUUAGCGGGCUUUCGGCCGCUACAGGCGGUAAUAUUAUGGGACUAGAACGCCAUAAAAGCCACGGCGUCCUCUUUCUAUUGUCGGCUAUGAUGAAGACUUCGGCGCAGAAGGACUUUGCACAUUCGAAGGUACGUGAAGCCGUCGAGGAAGUCAAGGAAUAUGCGGCCGUUACUGUUGAUGAAGGCAACUUGCCAUGGAUCUAUAUGAACUAUGCAGACAAGUCCCAGAAUGUACUUGGAAGCUAUGGAGAAGACAACGUAAAAAUCAUGAAGGAAGUGGCGGCCAAAUAUGACCCGCAACAAGUCUUUCAGAAGUUGUGCCCAGGCGGGUGGAAGAUCUCGGAUGUAUCGGACUUGACUUCGGGGAUUCGUCACUGAAGUUCUUCGAUUGGUGCUACUUGGGUACCAUUAAUGCUGUAUAACCCUCCAUAACCUUGAAACCCAGGCUUAUCCUUGGAUGGAGAUGGAGACGGUUGGUGAGAUUACUUGAUUAUCAGGUGGCUUAUGCAAGACACAUAAUUGCUUUUC